AUGAUCUCCGGUAUCAACAUUCUCGCCUAUAUUCUGCUCUGCACCACCCUCGCCCACGCUGUCCCAUUACAAUUGAAUGAAAGACGUGAUCUCGCCCACGUCAUCCCAUUACGACUGGAUAAACGAGGUGGUCUCCCGGCCUUCCCAAUACGAUUGAAUAAAAGAGCCAUAUCGCAGGAUCUGCUCGAUACUUUCUCCCUGUACGAGCAGUACUCGGCGGCCGCCUACUGUGCAGACAACAACGUGCCCAGCUCCAACGGCACUGCUAUCACUUGUGUCGCUGGGAAUUGUCCGCAGGUCCAAGCGGACGGAGCGGAGUCGGUUAUUGAAUUCCAAAAUAUCGGCUCUGGAGACGCAACAGGCUUCGUCGCCCUCGACCACACAACCCAACAAAUCAUCAUCUCCUUCCGCGGCAGCCAGUCUCUACAGAACUUCGUCGCCGACGCCGAAUUCCCGCUGUCCCCCUCGACCAUCUGCACCGGCUGCGAGGUCCAUACUGGGUUCCUGGACUCCUGGACCAGUGUUAAGUCGUUGGUUCAGGGGGCGGUCGAGACAGCUCGCACCACUUAUCCUUCCUACGGGGUCGUGUCGACCGGACAUAGUUUGGGCGCUGCGUUGGCGACGUUGGCGGCUGCUGAUUUGCGGAAUGGAGGAUAUGGGGUUUCGCUGUAUACCUACGGCUCUCCAAUGGUCGGCAACAUCGCCCUAGCGACAUUCAUCACCGCGCAAGACGCCAACUUCCGCAUCACCCACGCCAACGACCUUGUGCCCAAAUUGCCCGGCUACGGCUUAGGCUAUGCCCACGUCUCGCCCGAGUACUGGAUCACCUCUGCGACGGGUGUGGUCGUGACCGUCGAUGACGUGCAGACUAGUGAGGGCGUAGUCGACGUUCAGGGCAAUGAGGGCCAGCCUGGGGGCGAUCUGGGCGAUCAUUUGUUCUACUUUAAUGAGGUUGCUGCUUGUGGGCCGGACGUUUUGGGUUUGGAGGGGUUAGUGUGGGGGGGUGAAGUUGAAGCUGUGCAGUUGAAGCUGUGA